AUGGAUAUUAAUAUCAUUGCUAAACUGAGAAAUCGUCAAAAUAUUAAUGAAGACAACAAACACGUACAAGACAAACUUUCCAAGUUAUCAUCAGAUGCAAUAAAGCUAAAGGUAGCACAAGAUGCCAUUAAUUGGGAUCUACGUCAGAAGUUGCAGCAGACUGAAGGCAAUCAUGAGCGUCUGCAGCAAAAUAUGGUGGACCUUCAAAUGCAGUAUGAAACCGUAUCCGGUCAAUACCAGGAGGAAUUACGUAAAAGACCUGAAAUUUUAAACAAGCUCAGUAGCACCCGAGAGAUUUGCGAUGUACUAGAAGACUACAGCUUGCGUCUCCAACAGACGCUAUCGCGAUGUAAGGCUGAUCAGAAAUCUCUUUGCGAGGCUUAUCAGUCUUCAGGACAGCUCGUCCAGGACCUUAAGACGUCUCAUCAGCAGGUCCAAGAGAGGGACCGUCAAACUAUAGCCAGACUUCAGGAGAUGGUAAAACUUCGCGAAGAACAUCAAGCGAGCCUGAUGGAUCUUUUCAACUCGUCGAAGCAACAGCUCGAUGGCGAAUUAAGCAAAGCUCGCGAACAGCUUACAGCCUCGCUCGCCGCUAAGGCAGAGCUACAAAUUUCGCUCAACGAGCAAAUUAACAAGCUUGCAUAUGCCAAUUCACAGUUAGAAAAGAAAGAAGAGGAUAUAACAACUCUCAAACGAGAGAUGACGAAGAUGGUGAAUGAGUUUAAUAGUGAAAUCGAAGGAGCUAGAAUUACCUUGGACUUACAUGAGAAAAACCUUAAAAAAGCAAACGAAGAAAUAUCGAACCUGAAGAAAGCUCUUCAUAAUCAAGAAGAUUUCUGUAAAUCCAUUUCCGAGGAAAAGAAUUUGUUUGAAGAAAAAGUAGCAGUCUUAGAAGAAGAUAAAAUGAGCGCUUUUGAAGAAAUCGAAAAGCUUAAAAAGGAUUUAGAGGAAUCCUGUGCAUCUCACGACAUCUCCAAACACGAAAUAUCAAAUCUAAAUAAGAAGACUGAGAUGAUGAAGAUUGAACUAGAAGAAAAGGAGGAGAUUGUGAACCAGUUUAAAGUAGAAGUAGAACGUUUGAAGGAUCAAAUAAAAGGACUGGAAGACGAUAAGAAGAGUUUGACUGAAAAAUUGGGAGAAAAGGCAGGCGAAAACGACUUCCUCUCCACUCGUGUUCAAGAAUUGAUUACCGAAGUGACCACUUUGCAGCUUAACGUUGAGGACACUCGCAAGGAAUACGAUAAUGACAGGAAAUCCACGGACCUGAUAAUCGAAGAGCUUAACGAAACAAUAACAUGUCAAAAGGAAGAGUUAGAAAAGAAAGCGUCCACUGCGGCCAAAUUAAUGACGGAACUUCAAAACAGCAAUGACGCGAUAAAUAAGAUCCGAAGCGCCUUGCAGAAGAGUAGGAAGGAGAUGGAUGAUGAAAAAGAGCACUUUAAAGAAACUCAAGUGAAAAUGGGCGUCAGGAUUGAACAUCUCGAGGGAAAACUCAAAGACAGUGAAAAGGAUACGUCCAUGAAAAUGAACCUUAUUCAGGAAUUGAAACAGGAUAAGGAGCGUCUCCUGAGUAAGAUGAGUGAAAUGGAGGAGACGAUUGCCAAUGCUCGGGACCAACUGUCUGCUCCGAACAGGCCUCGGCCCUUCCUACAGGCCGAAUCUGACAACGCGGUCACGAUGCCGAUUCUUCAAGAGAGUCGUGAAAAAUCUCCAGUGCUCACGCCCAGAGCCAUGCUCCAACCUCCCGACAGGACACAAAAGAGAGAUAAUCACAGCGUGUUCUCCAAUUUCAGUGACAGCAGUGUUGAUGAUAACUCUAUAGAUACGGAUUUAGUGAACCGCCGCUUCGAGGCCAUGUCCAAAGGGGAGCGACUGCCUCCGCUACCGCUCUCCGCUCUGAAGCGACGUCGGACGGGGACCACCUCCGUCGCCCGAGAUUCGGAGAUAAUGCGAUGCCCGCCUGCGCAGCAAUACUCGAACAAGAAGUUUUUUAAAUCGCAAAGACGCUGCGAUGCUAAACCGAAAGCAAAAUAA